UGUGUCAAUUUGCUAGUCGCCGGUUGGCAAAGCGGUCUCUCGUCUCUUUGACAGAAAGAAGCCCGGUGUAGCUAGAUCGAUAUCUUAAUUUAGUAAGCGGACAUGGCCAAGAAACGAAGAGAAAGACGAGAGGCCGAUAGUGUUUCGUUAGUAACGUUACACGAGGAACCGAAGACAAAAUUUAACGAGGCACAAACCCUCAAAGAGACUCGAUACACUGGAGGGGGCUCAGCUCGCAUGUCUCUCCUCAUCCUGCUGUCUGUCUUCACCUGCGCUGCUUCUGUCAUGUACCUAGUGUACAGGAAUUUUCCAGAGCUCGACAAUGAUGAGAUGGCUACUAUUAAAAUUCCCAAAGAUAUGGAUGAUGCUAAAGCCUUGGGCACUGUACUUUCCAAAUAUAAGGACACCUACUACACCCAAGUGUUAGUAGCCUACUUUACCACCUAUAUUUUCCUCCAGACAUUUGCGAUCCCUGGAUCCAUCUUCCUCAGCAUCCUGUCUGGUUAUCUCUACCCCUUCCCCCUGGCUCUUUUCCUCGUCUGCCUGUGCUCUGGCCUAGGGGCUUCCUUCUGCUACAUGCUGUCUUAUCUAGUAGGGCGACCAGUGGUCUACAGAUACCUGACAGAGAGAGCCCAGAAAUGGUCCCAGCAGGUAGACAAGCACAGAGAUCAUCUCAUCAAUUACAUCAUAUUUCUGAGGAUCACUCCCUUUCUCCCCAACUGGUUCAUCAACAUCACCUCACCUGUCAUCAACGUGCCUUUGGGGGUCUUCUUCCUUGGUACUUUCUUUGGAGUGGCCCCACCGUCCUUCGUGGCGAUCAACGCUGGUACAACACUGUAUAAACUGACGACAGCUGGGGAGGCAGUGUCCUGGAACUCUCUGAUUGUGCUAGGUGUCCUGGCCGUACUCUCUAUCCUGCCUGUCUGUUUCCAGAAGAAACUGCAGCAGAAGAUGGAGUAGGCAUUAGACAACUCAGCAACUCAUCUGCCUGCCUGAUCCCCCAGCCCAUCCCUUGGCUCAGGAAUGGUACACCCCGCUGUCACUCAUAGUCCUGCCUGUUGCUGUCCCACACACCCGCUGAGGUUGCUUUGGAAACAUUGCCCGUUGACACAACCCUGACUCCUGUGCCCAAAACAUGUGGUUGUGGCCACCUCAAUUUGUGCUCUACAAAGGACUAACUGGCCUCUGCUCAUCCUCGGGUUUGUUUUCCCAUAUUUGUUAAAUGUUGCAUGCCUGGAAAUUGACAAUCUUAAGGAUACAGAAAACAUCAGGCAUCUGUCUUUAUUGUUUUUACUCACAAUGGUUCUCACAAGUUCUAGCUAAACUUCCCUCCUUUGUAUUUCUUGAACAGUGUUUUGAAUUGAUUUAAUCUGUUAACCUGUGUGAUAUGGGUGAAGUCAAAGCAAUACUGAUCAGAGUCUCGCAGUUCAGUGUUUUUGAUUUUCACAACAUUUUUGGACUAUUGUUAUGACUGUUUUAUACACUGGAUAGAUUGAACAUAUUAAAUCAUUUAGAAUGUUCUAUCAUUUGAAGAUAUUGUUAACACACCACCCUAAAAUGAUCUGUGUGCCAUCAAUGUUGACAUGAAAAAUAUGCAUGUGAACACAUGCAGUUAACUUGUUUUUCAACCACCACAAAUUUCUUGUUAACAAACUAUAGUUUUGGCAAGUCGGUUAGGACAUCUACUUUGUGCAUGACACAAGUAAUUUUUCAAACAAUUGUUUAUAGACAG